AUGUCAGUAUUUUUCAAUUUUUAGAGUUUGAUUACUUCAUUGAUUUUGAUUAUAUGUACUUGCGCUUAUGUAAGAAGAUUGAAACCUGAAUUAAUCAACCCAUAUGUUUAAGGGUAAAUUAUAAAAUAAAAAUAGUUGUUAUUUUUAAUUAUCUUCAAUAAUUUGCUUAAUAAUUUAGAUUCAGAGGAUUUUUUAGAAGAGCGGCAGUUGUUGGAGAUAGGUUAAGCCCUUAUGUUUCAAUUAUGUGCCUAGUAAUGGCGUUUUCUUGCUUGUUUAUAAGAUGAUUUAAUUAAAUAAAAUCUUAAUUUAUAAAUAAAUAUAUUUGUUUGUACAUAUUUUAUUAUAUUUUCAACAGUCAGUCUUACUAUAAAAUUCUUAUUUAUAAUAAUUUAAUUAUUAUUAAUAGUAUUUUAAAUCAAAUUAUCUUUAUUUUAGAUAUUAAUUUUUAGCUUGAAAAGUAAAUAAAAAUAAGAUGGAGUUUAUAACACAGUGUUCUAUCAAAAAUAAAGCGAGCUAAUUUUAUAAAGAAAUCUAUUUUAAUUUGAAAAUAAACAUUUUAUUUUAGAUAAAAGUUUGUUUAUUUUCAUUUUUAAUUUUAUCAUAAUCGUUUUGCUUUAAAAUAUUAAAUUUGAUAUUUAAAAUGAGGUAUCAUUAAAAUUACUCAAAAAACAUUGCCUUGAGCUAAUUAUUUAAAAUAAAAAAUUAUAUAAGCUAUCAGCUUUACCUCUGAUUAUUACUAAAUGUAAAUAUAUUUAUGCAUUAUACAGUAAAUCCUAAUUAAUUAAGGGCCGAAAUUUUGUAAAAUAGAAAAAAUUUUGA